AUGAGUGAUAUGCCAACUGGAAGUGGUGUCAAACGAGGUAAUAUCAAUAGAUCAGGUACCCGUUUCGGGGAAGCUGAAUGCAUGCCAGGAACAUCUGUUCAAGGUGGAGGACACAAUGACUGCGAUUGUGAUCAAUGGCAACCUUCAACUCAAAUAGCUGUUAGAAACGCACUCGUCAAGUUGGGUGUCAUGAGGACUGCGUAUUCAGUUAAUGGGACUUGUAGCUUAGCAGAAGCCGAUGAAUAUGACCUUGGUGCAGUUGUUGAAGGAGAGAAGUCAUUUGUCCCAUUUAAUGCUGACCCCAUUGUCUACGAGAUAUGA